ACACACACACACAAACAACAUGGACACCGGCUCAGAGUUCACCUUUUAAACGUCUUCAAGGCUGGAGUAAAGUAGAGGCUGUCACCGGGGAAGAGAGAGAGAGUUUUUUCCCGCGCGAUGUCUCCCCUGCAGCUGGCCGUGUACUGGCGCCUGUCCCUCGUCUUCUCCUUCACUUCUUUCCUCUUCUUUCUCGACAUCUUCACGGCCGCCGUCGUCGCGGACACUUGUCGCCGUGGUAACGGCAACGGCACUGCCGCGCGGCCGCCGCUGCUGCUGCUGCGUGGGACAUCGGCGCCGAACGCACAGGGCAACCAAUCACAGCCCGGGGAAGGCUCAGAGGCUGGAGAUGAUUGGAGGAAGGAGAGCGGGCAGCGGGACUCAGUGUGUGAUUGGACAGACUGGUUGUCUUAUGGUCAGACGUUCUUCAUGGUCGGCCUUCUGCUGGGAUCUCUGUUUGGAGGAGCAAUAUCAGACAGGUACGGGAAGCGUCCGGUGCUGCUGGUGUGUGUGUGCGUGCACGCCGUGUGUGGCGUAGUGCCUGUGAUUCUUCCUCAGCCCUUCGUCUUCCUCGCCGUCCGCUGUCUGACGGGCGUCUGCUGCUGCUGCAUCAACAUCUGCUCCUUCAGCCUGGCGGUGGAGUGGACGGCGCCCGCGGCGCGGCUCUGGCCGCCGGCCUUCCUGCCGUUCUGCUUCAGUUUGGGGACGAUGGGCGGAGCCCCGCUGGCCUGGCUCAGCAGCAGCUGGACACAGCUGCACCUGUCGCUGGCUCUGCCCCAGCUCGUCUGUCUGCCUCUAUACCUCUCCAUCCCAGAGUCGCCUCGCUGGCUGUUGUUGAGAAGAAGGACGGAUGUUUUGGAGCGUUACCGUAGCAACAGCCCGGCAGAUAGACAGUGUCUGGAUUUGCUGUUGGAGACGGCGUUGAAAGAGACGGCGUUGAAAGAGCCGGCGCCGCCCGCAGGACACGCCCCCUCUGACAUCAUCGCCCCCUCUGACAUCAUCACCCCCUCUGACAUCAUCGCCCCCUCUGACAUCAUCCACCUGAGACAUCCCACCGUCCUGCUGCGUCUCUUCAUCAUGAGCUACCUGAGCGCUGCGUCGGCGCUGACCUACUUCGGCAUCUGCAUGAACAUCGGCUCGUUCGGCGUCGGCGUCUACGCCGCCCAGUUCUUCUCCGGCCUAUCAGAAGCCCCCUGCCUGCUCGUCCCAUUGGUCCGCCUGGGGCGCCGGCCAAUCAGCAUGCUGGCUCUGUUCCUGAGCGGAGCCGCCUGCUUCCUGUCGCUGCUGCUGUCCAGAUACUACGGUGAGCCGGUGCUGGUGAUGAGUCUGGCUCUGCUGGGGAAACUCUGCAUCCUCACGGCCACGUUCAUCUCCGUCCUGUACAGCAUCGAGCUGUUCCCCACCGUAGUCAGGCAGCGGUGUGUGUCUCUGGUUAAUCUGUGUUACCGGCUCGGCUGCUUGGCCAACUCCCUUGUCCCGUCAAACCCAAACGGGGCGAUCUCAUUGGCUGCCAUGGUGGUGUACAGCAGCGGACCAAUCAUAGGCUGCGGUCUGUGCCUGCUGCUGCCGGAGACCAGCGGCGUGCCUCUCCCUGAUUCGGCGGAGGACUGUGAUCGGCAGCCGCGUCCCCGCCUACCCAGCAUCGGCGCCCUCUGGAGGAAACGGAGACCAGAGCCCCUCCCAGCAGAGAAAGACGAGACGUUGACUGGACUGUUUGAUCUCUAAUGAACAGUUUGGACUUUUUCUUUAAUCGUGAAGACCAAAAGUGAGGAGCAGAGAGCGCUCAGUCAGCUGGAAGAACGAGCACAGUGACGACCAUGUUAUGUGACAACCCCAAACUGAGUAUUUAGAAGUCCUCAGAUUCUGUACUGCAGUAGAACUUCUCUGUAUUAUGUGUAUUUUAUAAUACUUUCUAACAAUCAAUAUGCUGACAUACUUAAAUUACGAAUAGGCUUCUUUCUCGUUACUUUUUUAUCUAUGUAAAUAGUUACAUGAACGGAUAAAGAUGUGUUUUUACAACUG